AUGAAUACGGACUACAACCUCGACGAGCUGGACAUUGCGCUCAGCGAGGCGCGGCACCAGUUAGCUGCCGUAUCCGGGCCUCCGACUCGGAAUGAGAGUCGUCGUACAGCACCCAGCACACGUCGCGGGAGUCUGGUUCCUGGCAUGGGUGCGUUGUCCUCCGUUACACAAGGCCAAGGAAGACAGCAGCAGCAGCAGCAGCAGCAACGGCACCGUCUUGACGAAUUGAACCUAUUCAACUUCGACUUGCGUGAGCUAGUACGUGACGUUCUUCUCCCGCCAGGUGGAGAGAGCCGUGUUUCGUAUCACGAGUAUGCGGUUUUUGCGCCGAAUGAACCUGGUGGUGAAACACGCUCACCGAGUAUUAUGUCCGAAGGCGAGGAGGGGCUGCAGAUGUUUCGGAAUGCGGUUAGGAACGGCCAUGGCUUAGAUGACGAAGGAAAUUUCACAGCUACACCCAAGGGAAAGCGUUUGCUUGAGGGAAGAGUGCGGCAGGUGAUUGCUCAUAGACGCGUUCGCCCCGAAUCAGAUGGUAUCGGCACUAGUUCCCACGAUGGGUUACAUCUCACCGUGGAGGACUAUGAAUCUCUCGGUUUACAUUCAGGCACUCUGCCCACGUUGCAACGAUUGACCCUCGAGUCCCUGUUCUGGGACUCAAGAAAAGAGACAGUAUACUUAAUUCUAAGCUUUUCUUCCAAUCCACAACCACCUUAUGACUUCCUUUCGAUGGCGUAUAAGUUACGCACGAGGACGACGACAGCCCUGAUACGGCGUUCCUUCGACACUCGUUGGCAUGCCGAAGAUGCGCUAGACGAAUACGAGCGACGUCUCGACUCUUGCAGAGCACGAUGGUCUCACCCUCUCGUGCUCCCUGUUGUCCUAUUACAAGUACAGCUAUUCCGUACGGAAGAAGCAGUGCAAGCCAACAAUGCAGAAGUAUUGGAACUUGAGGCACAUGUCGACUCCGUGACAGGCACUACAGGGCGAGCAAACGCGGAAGCUUGGUGGCGGAACAGUCACCAAGCUGAGAAGCAUCAUCACUUCCAACCUCUCAAGCGCCUGUCGUCAAAUCUCAAAGAGAUGGUGGAAUCCAAGGUAGGAGCAGGGCGACGAAGUCAUGAUUUCUCAAAUAGUACCACACCAGCGCCUCCUCCAGAGACAAGCAAGUACUUCGACCCAGAUUAUGUGCCGCCACAGACUAUCCACCUAAUGAAAGAAGCUCACGACGUGCUCAAAGGAGCAAUUCAACUUCUCGACACCCUUAGGUGGAUGGAGCGCGCUUUAAAACUUAUAAUACAAGCCGGCGACGAGUUAGACGUACGCGUAAAGGAAUUGAGAGCUCAGACGGUAGCCAAGGGUCAACUCAAGGCCGAAGAAGCGGAAAUAGACGAAGAACUUUCGGUCCAUUGGCAUGAGAUCAGGCAGUAUCUGGACUGUACCUGGCGACUUUGCACCUCACUUGAGACAGAUAGACGCAUGUCAGAGCUACGAUGCCGAGCACAAAUCGACAUCAUCUACUCCAAGAUGGCGCAAGAGGAUAACAACCUCAAUGCACGCAUGGCGGUAGCAUCCACCAGAGACAGCUCAUCGAUGAAAGCGCUAGCUGUAAUUACCGCCAUCUUCCUGCCUGGCGAGUACAUCGGUACUCUAUUCGGGGUAUCCAUGUUCGAUUGGGAGACCGGUACUGCAGGCGACCCAGCAAUAUCCGAGGAUGCACCUGACGGCUGGCCCCGCCCUGUGGUCAUGCCAUCAUUCUGGAUCUAUUGGGCCUUUACCAUUCCGCUAACUUUGAUUAUCGUCGCUGGCUGGCGCGCUUGGUGGGUCAAUCAAGACCGCUACUUCCGCCGUCAUUUGAGCGUUGAUCUCAGUAACGAGCGCUACUGGACGACCGACGGUCGCCCCCGAGAUCUGGAGACUACAUUUGCGCAGGACUUCUUUAGCGGCUUGUUAAGUCGUAGUGGGGCUGGCAGCACGUCUAAUAGCACGAUCCUUGGGAAAACGACGCGACCCAGGUCCAGAAAUGGACCUGUCCCGAGCGUGGAUAUUGUUAGGUCUCGGAGUAGAACCCCCAUUCCCUCUGGUCAUGGGUCCGGCUUAGGCCUUCCCAAGAAUGGGCCAGCUUCGAAUCAAACCCCUCCAAAUGUACCUACUAGGGAUAAAGAGGCUGUGACUGACUCUGAACGAGAAGGCGACCGGGGGGAUAUGGCUAUGAGGUUUAGACAGAUCUCUUUUGCCAGAGGGCCAAGAAUAAGAAAGGAGAGCGCAUCUGCAGUUUAG